UUUUUAUUCGAAAUCUCUCCCCCUCCUUGGCCGGCAGAGUGAAGGAGAGAGACUGUAUAUCUUCGCUCCACCAAAUUAGGUGAGAGAAACAGUGUGUGCGACUUUCCAUGAGCGGCCGCGUUUUCUCUCUCUAGGAUAUCAUUGAACAAGCUUAAUUUGCAGAGGAAUGAAGGUGUUGGUGACAGGAGCCUCAGGCUACAUGGGCGGCAGGCUCUGUGAGGCCCUUCUCAAGGAGGGCCACACAGUCAGAGCAUUUGUGAGGCCAAGCAGUGAUACCCAUUCCUUACCCUCCCCCUCUCCCUCUCUAGAAAUGGCCUACGGCGACAUAGCACACCUCCCCUCUCUCCUCGAAGCCUGCUCUGGUUGCGAAAUCAUCUUUCACACCGCUGCGCUUGUGGAGCCAUGGCUUCCUGACCCUUCCAAAUUUGUCACUGUUAAUAUAGGAGGCUUACAAAAUGUGUUGCAAGCUUACAAGGAAAUAGAUACGCUGCAAAAGAUAAUCUACACCUCGUCUUUCUUUGCCCUUGGCCCCACCGAUGGAUUUGUUGCUGAUGAGACCCAGAGGCAUCCGGAGAACUAUUUUUGUACAGAAUAUGAGAAGUCUAAAGUUAUUGCUGAUAAAAUUGCACUUCAGGCAGCAUCAGAAGGAGUGCCAAUUGUUCUGCUGUAUCCGGGCGUCAUAUAUGGUCGUGGAAAGCUGACCACAGGGAAUAUUGUAGCCAGCUUGAUUAUUGAGCGUUUUAGCAACCGGUUGCCGGGUUAUAUAGGCAAGAAAAAUGAGAGGUUCUCCUUUAGCCAUGUUGAGGAUGUCGUAAAUGGACAUGUGGCAGCAAUGCAGAAAGGUAGAAUAGGUGAACGGUACUUAUUGACAGGAGAAAAUUCAUCCUUUGGACAUGUCUUUGACAUUGCAUCUGUUAUCACGGGAACAUCGAGGCCUAUGUUUCAUAUUCCUUUGUGGGUGAUAGAAGUUUACGGAUGGUUAUCUGUGUUUUGGGGUCAUGUUACUGGAAAGCUUCCUCUAAUUAGUUAUCCUACUGUGCGAGUCCUUCAACAUCAGUGGGCAUAUUCUUGUGAGAAGGCUAAAGCAGAGUUGGGUUAUAAUCCCAGGGGCUUAAACGAAGGCCUUUCGGAGAUAUUCCCAUGGCUCAAAGACUUGGGUCUCAUACAUUAUUGAAGGUCUAGUUUGAAAGUGAUUCUCCACCAAUUGGACUGCUGACACACCAUUGCUAAGUACAUACCAAUUGGAUCCAAUGUACUGACCAUGCAAGUACUUACCAAUGGGAUCCAUAUUUUCUUCCAAUCAGUGAUGAGUGGAAACUAAGGCUGCAUUUGGGCAUCAGAGGAAUAGGCCUGCUUACUUUUUGACAAAUCUAGAAAAACUGGAGUUUUAGGAAGUUAGGUUUAUCAAAGAAGUCCCCUUUUUCAAGGAAUAGAGGAAAAACAGUUGUUAGUUUUCUUUUUUAGUCUAACUCACACAUUCCAGUGGCUUUUUGAGAAUAAAUGGGGUUAAAGUGAGGCUGACCCAUGCGUGGUGGGAGGGCUAGUUGGGAUGCCUAUCAUUCGUAAAUGGGUUCAUAAAAAUGGUGCUAUUGCUAAAAAUUUCAUGCCCCCCAAAUGGGGCCAAAUUCUCAACAUAUUUGGAAGCAUAACAGAGGUUGAAAGUAUGAGAAUGCUUUUGCCCCACUAUUGGAAACACUGCCUUCUUAUAUAAUUGAGUGCUACAUUUGUAACAUGAUAAUUGACAUGUCAAUAAUAUUUCAAAGGCAAUGGAAGGGGACUACCUGGCUUGUUUUUCUC